AAAAUAAACAAAAGCUCAAGUGGAGCUGUCUUUGGACUCCAUUUUGCACCCAGCUUUCCUGCACGGAAGAUUCUACCUACAACUCUCCUAGACAGCUACGCCUUCUAUUCAGCGGGCGGCGGCGGAGAUGGGCGGAGAAGAGGAUCAGCUGAAGAAGAUAGCGGCCGCGUCGUACGACUACGAGAACGAUCCCCGGUGGGCCGAUUACUGGUCCAAUGUUCUCAUCCCUCCCCAUAUGGGCUCCCGCGCCGACGUCGUCGACCACUUCAAGCGCAAAUUUUACAAGCGAUACAUUGAUCCCGAUCUAGUGGUUGAGCCAAUGGCUACCAGCAGUUCAUCUCAGCAGGCAAAACCAUCUGCUCCGCCUACAACUUCAUCAUCUACAAAUUCCCAACCACGAGCUCAAAGCUCAGAUUCGUCUGGAAGGACAUCGGCAACUCCAACACCAAAUCCAGCAUCUUUGCGUUGGGAUAGGCAAACUAUACAAUUUUCAGUCAAUGCUUGGGUCAUUGUUAUGGCGGCACUUGCAAUCUUUCCCCUUAGUCCCACAAACCUUGCAAACAGGGCAUAUAAACUUUCCUUUAUGGGAACAGCAUGUUCAACAUUGUAUUCUUUGUAUGCAUUAUAUGGGAAACCCAGGGCAUGGAAUAUGCAGGCAAUGCAAGUGUGGUUGCAGACAGUGAUAGUGACAAAAGAUUUUAUCUGCUUCAUAUACUGUCUUAUUUUUCUCCCUUCACAACUUUACCUCAAAUUUGCUUUGAUUCCAGUAUUAUGUCAAUGCCUUGAAUAUGUUGCGAAGUUCCUCAGGAGUAACUUUAGUAGAACCACUUUAUACAGGAGGUACUUUGAUGAAGCCUGUGUAUGGGUUGAGUCAAAUACAAGUACCCUUAAAAUACUGUCUUCACAAGCUGAGAUUGGACUUGGAAUCCUUUUGAUUUUAUCUCUUUUCUCGUGGCAGCGCAACAUAUUACAGACCUUCAUGUAUUGGCAGCUACUGAAACUCAUGUAUCAUGCACCCGCAACAGCUGGUUACCAUCAAAGUGUAUGGUCGAAGAUUGGGAGGCUCAUUAUUCCUCUAGUCCAUCGAUAUGCCCCAUUCCUGAACAAACCCAUAUCUGCUGCACAGAAAUGGUGGUUCAGGUGAUAUAUUAUAAAUAUAAAUUUCCAGCAAAGAUUGCAGAAUAAGCUCCAGGGACAUGACCCAAUCUGAAAAACGAUCGAGAACUUGAAUGGUUAAGGGAUGUUUAUCUUUCCUUUUGAAGGAAGACUCCAAUGGGUGCACAAAUUGUACCAUGUGCGCACAUGUUCUGUUAGCUAGAGCCUCUUUACUAUUAUGAAUUUGUACAAGUAUUGGCCGAAUUGCUUUUCUUUUGAAAUAAUGAUGUUAUAUGUUGCACCCCUCCCCCUCUUUUCUAGACCACACUUCGUGGUUAUGGUAAGUUCUUUUAUGACGUGUUUGAGAAUAUAAAUUUGGAUUUUGAAUCUAAAUUUGACCCAAAUUACAGGUUUUGGAAUAAAAAAGGGAUUUGGAU